GAUGGUGUGAGUGAAAGAUCUCCUUCCCCUCUUACCAUACGUUCCCUCACGCAUAGAAUCGUAGCUUUGACUGGCUAAAUCGGUUCAUGUUGCGGUGGCGCUCGCUUAACCCCUCUGGAUGCACCCGGUUGUCUCCGAAAGCGUCCACUCCCACCCCCUGCUCCUGCUGCUGCAUGAUUGACGACGACCAGCCUUGCUCCUCUUGCUCAAGCACCUCGCUUUCACACCGCCUCCUCGUCUCUCCAAGUCUGCUCCUCCUCCCCCCGCUUCCCAGCAGAUAUAAGUCCUUGACUGCUGCUUGCUCUUUUCUCGCUUGCUCCACCACAGAGUCCUCUGCUGCUGGAGAUGACUUUGUUGACGGAUCUCUAGCUGGUACAGUUACUGUUACUACCCCUCUUCUUCUUCCAAUCGUUGCUCUUGCUGCUGCUGGUGUUGGAGGGUGGACGCAGCAUCAUCAGGUGUGGCCUUUCUUCUCGUGCCGGCCCACCCAGCAAUCAAGCUUGUAAUUAUUGCUCCUGCCCCCAAGUCAGCCAGCCUACGUGCGUCCGUCACACCAAUGAGCUCCCGAGCGAGAAUCAUGGAUGGCGGCCAGGAGCAGCACGAGCCUUCGUUCCCACUCUGGCAUAGCCUCCCCGAGGACAUCAUGGACAAGGUGUUCGCCUUCAUGCCAAUUGAGAGCCUGGUGGCGGCCGGCCUCGUCUGCAAGUCCUGGAACUCCCGGAUCAAGUCGAGCAACUUCCAGAGAGUCUACCGCAGCACACCCGCGAGGGAGGCCCCCUGGCUCCUUGCCUGCUCCUAUAACUGCCGGGACAAGUCGUGUGCCUUCAGCCCCACGCUCAACAAGUGGCUCAAUGUCUCGCUCGCAUUCCUGCCACCUUAUAUGAGGUUCCCGCUGGCUGCCAUCGGAGGCCUCAUCUUCAUGCGAGCCGGUCUCAGCAACUUGGGGAUGCUGGCGGUGUGCAACCCGAUCAUGCAGACCUGGAAGGAGCUGCCUCAGAUGACUUACAAGCGAUUCAACUCACUCGUCGGGGUGUUUCAAGUCGACGACAGCAGCGGGUAUAGGAUCAUCGUCGCAGGCGGGACGUCCGAAUGCGGGGGUGACUACGAGUGCUCCACGGAGAUCUACGAUUCCAGAACGGACUCCUGGACCGUCCUUGGAGCCAUUCCCCGCUACUACACCGUCAAGAUUACUGUGUGGACCUCCAAAACCGUCUUCUGCCAGGGCACACUCUACUGUCUGACGUCUGCCCGCCCUUACAACCUCAUGUCGUAUAACCUGGGUACCAGACUAUGGUCCGAGAUGAAGGUGCCGCGGCCCGCGUGCCUGUACUCGUCUUUCCUGCUCAAGCGGAAGGAAAAGCUGCUGUUAGUCGGCGGAGUGGGAACUGACCGAGUUUGCGAGAGGAUUCACCUGUGGGAGCUUCAAGUUGAAAGCCAGCAGUGGCUUGACAAGGACCAGAUGCCGCAGCAUUACUUCCAGAUGUUUUACGAGAGCAAGGGAGACUUCGAUCUUAAGUGCGCUGGGUCCGGCGAUUUAAUAUACUUCUUCAAGAGCUCGCACUCGGGGAUGUUGGUCUGCGACCUUUCCACCACCCCGGCUUCAUGGCAAUGGCUGCCUUCGUGUCCUUUCAGCAAUCACGACAUCAAGUUCGCCUUGAGAGGUUUGUUUCUCAAUCCUCGCCUCGACUACACCUUCUGAGAUUGCAGAAUACACACGAGUCGGGCAUAAGAAAAAUGAAAAAAAAAAAAAAACUUAAAGAAGUAGAAAAGCGAAGAAAAAUACUUGCAGAUGUACAAAGGCCGUUGUCCCCUCCU